GUAAAAACAAAACAAGCCAGCCCGACAGCGUCAUACUAAUCGAACCGACUCAUAUACUUAUGAACGUAUUUAAAGCUGUUUUGUUGCUGAAAUGGCGUAUUCGGAAAAACUGAAGGUUCCAUUUGGAACGAAAUAUUUGGAGGCUGCGUUGUGUCGUCCUACCUCCUCAGAACAUCACAUUUACACAGCUGUCAUACUGACCCAUGGAGCUGGUGGAGACAUGAACUUCAAACAUCUUGUUUCUUUGGCACACGCUUUGGCCUCAAAGGGCUACUUGUGUCUCCGAUUCACAUGCAAAGGUUUAAAUCUGGCCUGUAGAGUCAAGGCUUACCAUGCAGUGUGGGACUACUUGAAAUCAAUGCCAAACUUGAUCAUUAAGGACAUAUUCCUUGGAGGCAGGUCAAUGGGUUGCCGUGCUGCCACCGCCCUGGCCAAACGGCUAUGCGACGAAUCAGAAGGUGCCGUGCAGGGUCUCGUCUGUUUGUCCUUCCCCCUGCACCCCCCAGGACAGACUCACGACCAUCAAAAGCGCAGUGAAAAUCUUCGGGGACUCUCUGAAAGCAUGGCAGUUCUCUUUGUUUCAGGCACGGAAGACAACAUGUGUGAUAGGGUUCUUCUUGAGGGAACAGUAAAAGAGAUGAAUGCUCAAGUGGAGGUUUUCUGGGUGAGUGGAGGAAGUCAUGGCUUGAAAGUGUCGGGUAGGUCAGAGGAGUCAAUAUUAGAGGAGUUGAACGCUUAUGUUAUAACCUGGCUCACAAAAUGGGAAACAGAGACAAAACAUUAGUAACCCUCUCUUGUAAGUUUUUUUUUCUUUUUCAUGUUGGUACAUUCAGUAAAUACUCUUUUUCAGAAUCUCAGGAAUAGAUGUAUAGUCUUGUAUAUGUGGGGCACAAUUUGUGUUAUACCCCCCUGAGAGACUGCAUUAAAGUUAUUUUUGUUGCUUGAUGGUCUUGCGAUUUUGGCAAAUGGCCAAAUAUCUGUGAAGAACGAGUUUAAACAUGACACUAACUGUAUUAAUCCUGCGUAUCUGUGUUUAGACGAAAAUCUGAAUAGAUAAUUAAUACUAGAGUUGAAUUGCCAUGUGACUUUUGUUUUUUUUUUCCUUUGGAAAUGUUCAAGACACGAAUUAAUACAUUUUAAAAGAGUGAAAUGUGUGGAUUUUUUGAAAGAUUGCAUAAAUUACCAUAGUUUGCUGUUUCAAAAAAUAGAGAAAAUUGGAAGUCUUUCAUGUUGCCGUUUAUUUGCAUUCAUCACUUCAUGUUCCUUUCUUAUGCGCUGAUUUGCGAGCUAACAGCCAUUCAGAGUGAUCAGUUUUUAUCUUUUUAUGAUUUUUUUUAAUUUUAGGAUUUAAUCAUUUUUAGUUGUAUUUUUCAGUUUUCUCUAUUUUUUUAAAAACUCGUUGACUGCCCUUGACAGCGGGAGAGAUCCAAUCCACAUAAGUGGGAGAGCUGGGAGUGAUUGAACGAUUGCUGCCAUCUCUCCCAGUCAUUGGAUUGGACAUCUAUCGCCAUCAAUGGCAGUCAGCCCAGGUGAAAUGGAUUUGACAUCUAUCACUGGCAGGGAAUGAGUACUGUAAAUACUUUUAUGUAUUUAUUGUAACUAUGUUUUUUUAUGAAGUGGGCUGCUGAGGGUACCUGGUGUUGGGGAGGAAAGUGGUAGAUUUUUUUUUGUUAGUUUUGUCAAAAAAUAAAUCAAUCAUAUUUAACUUUGGGGAUUAAAUAUACUGUAUGUGUUGAAUUUUUUUGGGGGGGGUGGGGUUAAUAACAUGGUCACCACCUUGCUACCAUGUCACGUUGAGAGAAGGCGCUAUUGGAACAGAAAAGUUAACUGUUGACAGACAGAGGAGGCGUUAACAUUGCGCAAACACAAAUUAGCGAUGUUUUCUUUACAAAAAACGUUUUUUUUCUAAAAUUCAAUUCGUGAUCGAAAAUGAAGAUGAUAAUGUCAGCUUAUAAUAGUGUCGAUCUAUCAGCUAUCGAUUAUUUUAGUAGGCGAUUAAUCGAUGAACUAGUUAGUUUGAAUAAUUGAGUAAUCGGAUAAGGAACAUAAAUUAAAAUGCCUGGGCUGAGCCUCAAACGGUAUAAAAAAA